AUGCCGCCGACGCAAAGCGAAGAGCUGCCGUUGCCGUUGACACCUGAGGGCGCUAACGAGUUAGCUGGAUGUGAGGAGAUCCUGCUGCCUUUGUCUCCUCUGGAUGCGAUGAUGCACCAACUGGGAGUCAUGCUGCUGUAUAUUUUCCCACCGUCUACUGGCUAUGACCUCAGCAAGUUGCAAACCUCUUUCAUCACUCUUGUGAAUGAAGACUACCCCGUUCUCAUCGGUGAGCUACACAUGGACGCACAGACGGGUGUUGUGAGUGUGAAGCAAACAGCACAAGCGAGAGAGAAAGGAGCUCAAGGAAUUCGCUUUGAGACGAACCCAAGCAGCUCAUUGAUGACGGAAGACGCAAUGCAGACGCUCUCGUGGGAGCUGAUGCCCACCCCGAGAGCCCCGAUGGAACUUAUCUGCGUCAAGGGAACGCUUUUGUCAGACGGAGGACUCGUUGUUGGCGUGGAUGCCAGUCACACGCUGCUUGACGGAGAAGGAAUGUUCACCUUCAUGAAAGCGUGGGGUCAGCACUACAGCGAUCUCAACAAACAGGACCGCUUAGUGGUAAACCACGACCGACACUUGCUACAAGGAACGGGUGAGCCGUCGAAGCUCAAUCAUGCGGAGGUCCAAGUUGUCGGCGUUCAGUCUGCAGUCCAUGAUACUGAAGCUCCAGUACCGCCUCCUACCACUCAACAUCGCUUCCAUUUUACUCCUAGUAUGAUGAAGAAGAUCAAGAACGUAGCAACGCAUGGAGAGUCGACAACUCCGUCUGAUCCAUCGUAUGUGAGCACUAUCGACGCCAUCACGGGACUCUUCACGGCUUUGAUAUCUCAAGCGCGUGGACACGGUCAGGACGUCAAGGUGACGACUGCUGUGAAUGCUCGAGGUCGUCUGACCCCGCGGAUGCCGGAAAACUACGCUGGAAACGUCAUCUUCAGCGCGUUAUCGUCGUACAAGUCCGAUGAAUUGAAGGCUAGCGAAGAGGUCGUCUCUCAAGAUACAUUGGUGAAGCUGGCUCAACGUGUGCGCGGUUCCAUCCGUCAGAGUGACAACGAGUAUCUACGUGACGCUAUCAACUUUAUGACAGAGCAGACCAAUCUAUCGGCUGUUCAACCGGCCACCAACUUCGUCUUUGGACCGGACAUCAUGUACACGUCGUGGGUGCGUACGGGCAUGUAUGAGGCGGAGUUUAAGGGGAUGCAUCCAUCGCUUGUCUCUGUUCCCCGUCUCCCCUUCGACGGCUUUGUGAUUCUAAGCGAACCACCGAGAAACAGCCCUGGAGUGGACGUGCUGGUUUUCCUAGAAUGCACUGCAAUGGAAAAGCUCAAAGAACUCUUCGCUCAAGUGUCGUAUCUUCACGAAGGCGACGAAAAAUCACUGCGUUCUACGCUGUAA